AUGUUCAAUUUGAAGGAAAAAUGGGCAUUGGUAUAUGGAAGAGAGACAUUUUGUGCAGACAUGACAACUACUCAGCGGAGUGAAAGUAUGAAUAAUGUAAUUAAGAAUUAUGUUAGCUACAAGCAUGAAAUACCAAGAUUUUUUCAGCAUUUUCAAAGAUUAGUUGAGGAUCGUCGAUAUGAUGAGUUGAAGGCUGAUUUUAAAGCAACUCAAACUUCAUUGUCAUUGUCUUUGCCAAUAGAAUUUUUGAAGCAUACAUCAAUUGUUUACACUCCAGAUGUAUUCAGAAUGUUUGAGAAAGAAUUUUGCAAGGCUUAUGAUUGUGCUAUGAACAUUAAAAGUGAGCAUGGAACAGUGUCAGAUACAGUGACCCCUCAUGGAAAGGUUUAUGAGCAUAUUGUUACAUAUGAUUCUUCUAAUGAUACAGUGACAUGUGGUUGUAAGAAAUUUGAUUUUGUAGGAAUUUUAUGUGCACAUAUUUUGAAGAGCAAGAGUGUGUCUGUUGAAGAUGCAAAAGCAAAAAUGAAAAAACGUUACAAAGAAGUUUGUAGAAUGCAAACUCAGCUAGCAACAAAAGCCGCUGAAGAUGAGAAAGCAUACAAAAUUGUUGUUUUCGCGUUUAGUAAGAUUUUUAUAGAUUUGGAUGCAAAUGAUAGAGCUCAAGGGAAAGAGAUUUCAACUUCUACUACCAGACAUAAUGAUAUUGAAAACAAGAACUGGUUUAAGACUAAAAGAAAAGCUCAUGGUGGAUCUAGAAGAAUUAAAGGUGCACUUGAGAGACCCAAAAAUAAGAAAAAGAUGGUUAAGGAAGAUUCUCCAUCACAACAGGAUUUUCAUGAACAAAAAGCAAAUGAUCAAAUCAAUAAUGGAAGUGGAAUACCGUUUUUGUCUUCUAAUUAUUUUCAAGAGAAUAUGUCAUCUUCAUCAGCAAAUAUAGCUUCCUUUCAUCAGAAAGAAAUUCCACCAUAUACUCAUAAUUAUGAUGGUUAUGAAGAUCUAAAUGAGAAUACAAGUAUGACUGAACUAUUGCAACAGUUUGGCAGUUGA